UCCUGUGUCUUGCGCCCGCCGCUGCCGCCGGCCACCAUGGUAUUCUUAGGCAUAUACCGCGCCAUUUACGACUAUGCGCCCCAAGGAGAUAAUGAGCUUGCUCUGGCAGAGGGUGACCUGCUGAUGGUCCUGGAGAAGUCCACCGAGGAUGACUGGUGGAAGGCGAAAAAGAAGGGCGGAGACAGCGAUGAGGAUGAGCCAGAAGGCUUGAUCCCCAAUAAUUACGUAGAGGAGGCUGCACCUGUAUGCAAUGCCAAAGCCCUCUACGAUUACACCCGCCAAACCGACGAGGAGCUAUCCUUUAAAGAGGAUGCCAUCCUGGACGUUUACGACCUUUCCGACCCAGACUGGACUUUGGUCGGCGUCGAUAGCGACUACGGCUUUGCUCCAGCGAAUUACAUCGAUGUACAAGAGGGUGCAGCUCAGCCUGCUUCGUUGGCCUCUCCACCGCUCCCCACCCGGCCUCAGCUUCCCACUGUGACCGCACCGGACUCGGAUGACGAGCAGCAGCCUCCUACACCAGAUAGCCCUGCACCGCCAGUGCAACCGAGCCCGGCUGCCGCUCUCGCCGGCAUCAUACAGAAGAAAUCAGAACAAUCUUCUCUCCCGCGCUCCACAAUCUCACCUCCACCGGCCAUCAAACCACCCACCCAGAAACGAGUCCAGUUCACACCCGAAGAAUCCGACGAGGAGAUUCCGCCUCCUCGUCUUCCCCAGCGUCCGCAAUCAGAGGCUUUCUCGCCCCCACCCACUCGAGUCCAGUUCGCUUCACCUCCGCGCUCUCCCGAAUCCCCUCCUGCUCGCUCGCCUCGAGUUCGCAACGUCACCUUCAACGACUACGAUGCUGGUGACAAUGGUCCUUCUACUCCCCUCUCCGGCUCCGGCUAUCAUCUAUAUAACAUUUAUGAGUACAUCACCCAACCAGGCAAGAACAAGAAAAUGCCCAUUACACUGGGGAUCAAUAUUGCCAAGGGUAUGGUUAUGAUCGCACCCGAAAAAUCACGAGACGGCCCACAACAGGAAUGGAGCGCGGAAAAAAUCGAGUAUCAUUCUCAAGAGGGAAAACACGUGUUCAUGGAGCUAAAGCAGCCCAGCAAAAGCGUCGACUUCCACUGCGGGGCCAAGGAUACUGCUUCAGAAAUUGUCCAGGCUCUAGGAGAAUUGUCUGGUGCUGCAAAGGGGGUUGGGCUUCGUGAAGUGUUGGCUGCAGGAUCAGGGCAAUCCAAUGUGCAAAAGAGAGGAGUCAUGUUAUUUGACUUUGGAGCUCAAGGGGAUGACGAGGUCACGGUGGGCCUUGGCGAUGAGAUUUUGGUAUUGGACGAUUCUGCCAGCGACGAGUGGUGGAAAGUGCGGAGGCUGAAGAAUGGCAAGGAGGGAGUGGUGCCAGCUAACUAUGUCGAGAUCACAGAAUCCGUUCCCAUAUCCGCACCUGCCGCUAGACUUGCGCGCUCUGGAACAAACGCUGGGCGUUCUGUGGUGGAGCAGAACAGACGCGAGGAAGAGGAACUGGCCCGUCAAGCAUCAAGAAGGAAACGGGAUAGUGACCUCAGAAGUGAUCAGAGAAGCAAACGCGAUAGUUCAUCCAGAGACGCCAAAUCUUCUGCAAAGCCAAACACCUCUAAAAUUCGAACAUGGACCGACAGAUCGGGUUCGUUCAAGGUCGAAGCCGAGUUCCUAACCGUAAAGGACGGUAAGAUCCAUCUACACAAGGUGAACGGAGUCAAGAUUGCAGUGCCUGUGCCGAAGAUGUCCGUUGAGGAUCUGGAAUAUGUCGAGCGAGCGGCUGGAAUAUCUCUGGAUGACGACAAGCCACUUUCCGAUAUCAAGCGUAGAAACACGCAACGAGCCAACGAGAGGUCGUCUCGUCCAACUUCGGGUAUCACAGUCGAACAAAAGCCCUCAUACGAUUGGUUUGACUUUUUCCUCCAAUGCGGCGUAAACCCUCAGAUCUGCGAACGAUAUGCCCAGACUUUUGCCAAAGAUCAAAUGGGCGAGGAAAACUUACCAGAUAUAUCUGAAAAGCUGCUUCGAACAUUAGGCAUCAAAGAAGGUGACAUUUUACGCAUCAUGAAGCAUCUGGACAGCAAAUACGGACGCACAGGCGACAAACAGAACGGGGAUGAAAGCGGGGGUCUGUUUUCCGGUCCUGGUGGCACACUCAGAAACAAUACCCGAAAAGGUCGUCCUGCGCCACCACUCCAGACCAACGACAUCGUCGAUCCGAAGGCUUUCGAGCAGAAGACGGAUGACACUGUCAAAAAGCCCGUAGAAUCAAGCCCAGCUGCUGCGGUGAAUCCUCCAGCUUCUGCAUCCGAAAAGAAAGCAAAUGGAUUUGAGGACAACGCGUGGGAUGUGAAGCCAUCCAGGACUACUGCCUCGCCGGCUCCACCCGCGCCAGCAGAAGCGCCUGCAGCAUCAACUCCAGCACCAGCUCCUGCUGCCCCGCCACCUGCUCUCACAGGCUCCUUGGGCGAACUAUCUCUACUCGAUAUGCCAGCACUCAAGCCCGAGGUCCCGACCCCAGCGGCACCGCCCGCUCAAGCGCCAGCAUCGGUUCCGGAAUCUACCCAGGCCACCCAACCCCAAGGCGCGAAUCAAUCGCUUUUCGAUCAGGUGGCAGCAGUCAAGGCCAUGCAGCCUCAGCAACUUGCUCCACCAAGAACACGUCCGGCGGCACCACAGCAAAGCGGGGGCCAAGGAGGUCUCAUUGCACCCCCGCCUCAGCGAGCUUCAUCGGCGCCUCAAAAUCAGCAAAGCGCAUUCGCUCCCCCUCCAGCUCUGCAACCUCAGCUGACUGGAUAUAACCCGAAUAUGCACACUCAAAUUGCGCCCCCAGGCCAGAGCUUACAAGAUCUGAACGCUCAACGUAUGCAGCAACAGAUGACGGGAUUUCCAGGACAGCAGUCUCAAUUUGCCAUGCAACAGCAGAACGGACUGAUGCCACAACCAACCGGGUUCAAUGGAAUGCAAAUGGCAGCUCAGCCAACGGGAUAUCAGCCUAUGAUUCAGCAACAGCCAACGGGAUUCCAACCAAAUUUCCAGUCAGGGUUCCAGCCAGGGUUUGGCCAAGCUCCCAUGCCACCGCUGCCAGUGCAGCCCACUGGUUUCCAAAGCUUCUCGCCUGCGCCAUUGAAUCCCCAGGCUACCGGGAUCAACCAGUUCUUACCACCUGCUAUACAACCUCAGCCCACGGGGUUCGGACAGGGUCCCAGCCCACCUCCGAUCCCCCCGAUGCCUUCGAUGCCCACUGCACCAGCACUGGUUCCCCAGAAGACGGGCCCAGCACCACCGGUCCGAUUCGGAGUGCAGCCCGCCAAGAAGCUCGUACCUCAACCGACGGGGAGGGCCAACCUGGCCAAAGCUACCCCCGAGAAUCCAUUUGGAUUCUAAGUUUUGGGGCGGCAAUGACGACGAAAUCUCGCCGGUUCCAUACGGCUCUAGGCCUCGAGAUGGUGGAACUGUGAAUAGAACAGCAGAAGGCUACUUGGACCAGUGGAUAUUGGUAAGCUUAGUAGCCUGGGAUUCAGCCACAUGCCCUGUCGUCAUUGAUGCCAUGUUUUUUCUUUCCCUUCCUCUUAAUUCUUUUCGUUGUCCUGAUGC